AUGGACCUGUUCUCCGCCGCCUGCGAGAACUUCCGCCUGGUCAUCAACACGCAGAAGACGGUGGUCAUGCAUCAACCACCACCCAACACAGCCACUCCUCCCAACGCGCCACAAAUUAGCGUAAACGGAACCCAACAGCAAGUGGUGGAUAACCUCCCGUUCCUGGGCAGCAACCUCCCGGUAACACCAAAAUCGAUGACGUAGUCGCCAACAGGAUCUCGAAAGCCAGUCAAGCCUUCGGUCGUCUCCAAAGCACAGUUUGGAAUCGUCACGGACUUCAACUGAGCAAGAAGCUGAACAUGUACAAGACCAUCUUACUGCCGACUCUGCUGUACGGAGCGGAGACGUGGACAGGGUACAGAAGACAGGCACGCCGACUGAACCACUUUCAUCUCAGUUGUCUCCGUCGCACCCUGAGACUGAACUGGCAGGACCGCAUCCCCUACACUGAUGUGCUGGAACGGACGGGGAUCCUCAGCAUCUACGCCAUACUGAGGCAAAUGCAGCUGCGUUAGAGCGGCCACCUGGUGCGCAUGGACGACGAGCCACUACUCAAACGACUCUUCUACGGAGUCGUCGCGACGGGUUCUCGCCUCCAAGGAGGCCUAGAAGACGACAGUAAAGACAGGUGCCGCGAUCUACAAGGCCAACCGCAUCGCCGCCGCCAAAGUGAAACGCGAAGCACGCAAAUCACAGCUGCGCCCAACAAGCAUCGCCGAGGCACAACUGCUUCCAACGUGUCCUCGGUAUCAACGGACAUUCCAGGCACGAAUUGGACUUAUUAGACACCUUCGGAUCAACUGUACCUCUCGGACCGCACCCACUGUCAUCCCUCCGCCCGCCCCCUCCCCGUCCACUCCGCCGCCGACUAACUCUGACUGUUCGUCCGAACCAUCACUCCCACUGCCCCCGACUCCAGGGGUGAGGACCAGGACUACACCUGCCCUCACUGCGACCACACCUUCACCUCACACAUCGGCCUGGUCGGUCACUUGCGAAUCCAUCGCACAGGCACUGAAGAACUAGUGCCUGGAGCACCAACCUACACCCACCGCACUCGCCUCCACUGCCCUCGCACCUUUACACAUCGCACGGGUAUAUUCGGCCACAUGCGCAUCCACGAGAGCGGAACUGACCGCAGUCUCGACUCAUCCAUCAUGCCAAACCUCACACCCACUUCAUCACUCUGCGUGCCAACCGCCCCUCCCGCAACGAACACCGACAUCACCGACUUCAACUGCCCGCACUGUCCACGCACAUUCACCUGUCGCAUCGGCCUUGUCGGUCACUUGCGAAUCUAUCGCACAGUGGCUGGCGAACCAGUGCCUUGAGCACCAACCUAUACCCACCAAGCUCGCCUCCACUGCCCACAAUGCCCUCGCACUUUCACGCAUCGCAUGGGCCUACUCGGCCACAUGCGCAUCUACGACGACCUGCGGUAGACAACCGUCGGCUACACCACACCAUAACACCAUCCCUCCCUGCCUUCACCACCACCACCCCACCACACAUCAACACUCACCCACCGCAAGCACCCAGCUGCCACCUCCCACGCAAGUGGGAAGUGUGCAUCUCGACUCCUUCCCCAUGGGGCUUUGGCUGCACGGGUGACUUGAGUCUGAGACUAUCCCGACACGUCAAGCGUCGUGGAUAGGAAGGCUGCUGAUUGACGCCCCCACUCGGUCCACGCAGUUCGUCGCGUUGUGUGUGUGUGUUGUGUAGAGUGGCGAACUGGUGGGCUGGGAGACGGGCUGAAACUGCCCCUUUCACGCAAGUGAGAGACACGCCGUUCAACCCCCGUUGUGUGAAAUCCUGGUGUAUGUGUUUCAGGGGCCAGGUCGUGCAAUUGGCGCACGCAGACAUGGUCAGUCGACCAUGCCAGCCACCGCGCCCACUCCCCACUCCAGUCUGCUGACCGGCUCGGGCAGUGGAUGGGGUGUGGGGAUGGGAAGGGAGAGUGAGGUCGCCGUCUCAGUGCACUUUCUCCUCAUUAUAAACAAUCUGACGCGCUUGAAGCUAUCACGGAGCGCUAAAAGCCGUGGCUUGGAAGGUUGCCAACUGACGGGAUAAAUUGGACCUCCCCCUGGAUUGGAGGUCUGAGAGUCAGGCUGCAGUGGCUCCUUCUUACUGUGGCCUUUAUGGCACUCCCACUGCCAGGUGUUGACGGCCCACCUAGGUGCGGCUUCGGUCGUGCCAGCCUCCAACCUCUGUUUUGUUGGUUGAAAUCCUGGUCAUUUGUGUGUGGACCAGGGGGUGUGGUGGAACGCCGAGGUGAGGAUCGGUCCGAGCCAUCCACCUGCGACCUCCCUCCUCUCCGGUCUUCUUGACUCUGUUUGGACACCGGACUCAGGCGGGGAGGAGGAGAGAGUGUAGGUAGAUGCAGCGCAAGUCUACUGGCACUAUAAACCCCUGCGCAAGUCAACGUCCCUGCUCCCACCGCUGCUGCUGCAGCUGUUGGGCACACGGUGGACAUCGUUGAAAUCGACGGUCGAACUGUCGUGUGUGUGUGUGUGUGUGUGUGGAUUUGCAGAUUGGUUGUCCUGAAAGCCAGGCUGAAACAGCUCCCCUCAACGUGACCUACGGUACUCUCACGCAUGUGGGAUGUACGUCGCUCAACCCCGGUUUUGUGAAAUCCUGGUGCUUGUGUUAGGGGGAUCGGGUCGUUUAUGUGGCAUGCGCAGACAAGAUCACAACCUUAUAUCAGCCAUCGCACCCAUUCCCCGCUCCAGUCAACUGACCGGCUCGGACAGUAGUUGGAGUGUGGGAAUGGGAAGGGAGAGUGAGGUCGCCGACUCAGCGCAUCUGCCUCUAUAGAGACAAUCUGAUGAGCUUGGAGUUAUCGUAGUGCGCUAAAAGAUGUAGCUUGGAAGGUUGCCAACUGGCAGGAUAACUUGGACCUCGAAGUCGGCCCAGUGUUGUGUGUGCUGGUAUGGAGUGAACGGCUGGUGGUCCGAGAGUCAGGCUGCAAUGGCUCCUUCUUAAUGUGCGGAUGCGAGCCGGGUAUGACGGCACACCUCACUGCGGCUUCCGUCGUGCCAGGCCCCCGUUCGCAUUGUUGUUGGUCAAAAACCUGGUUAUUUUUUGUGUGGACUAGGGCGUGUGGAGAAGAGCUCCAAGGUGGGGCUCGACCGUGCAAAUCACCAGCGGCCUCCCCUGUCUCUGGUCUUCUUGACUCUGUUUUAACAUCGGGUCCAGGUGGGAGGAGGAGGAGGAGGACGAGGAGGAGGAGGAGGAGGAGAGGGAGGGGGAAGGGGAGGGGAAGGAGGAGGAGGAGGGAGUGUACUGGAUGCUGCGUAAGUCCACAUUCACUUUAAACUAAAUCACGCGCAAGUCAUCGUCUCUGCUCUUACCCUGCUGUGGAGCAUACGGUGGACAUCGUCGGAUGCGACGGUCGAACUAUUCUACCUUAUGGGUAGUGCCUCUCAGUCGAUACCAGGCUGGCUACCUAGCAUUUGAAGAGUGAUGAUCAUGGUUACGAUUCGUCUUUCUAAGACUUAAGGAUUGUGCACGGCUCUCGCAACCUGGUGCGCACUGGCUGUACUCUGACACCUGAUUCCCUACCUGCAGAUGCGGUUGCGUUCCCUCUUGGUAUACAGGUCGUGUAAAUGGCUGCCCAGUUAUCCUCCGACGCAUUGUUUUUUGGUUAAAAUCCUGGUUAAGUGUUUUUUGUGGACCAGGGGGUAUGAUGGCACGCCUAGGUGUGGGUUCGGCCGUGCCAGCCACCUGCGCCCUCUCCCACCUCCGGUGUUUUUGGCUCCGUCUUGACAUCGAGCUCAGAUAGAGGAGGAGGAGGAGGAGGAGGAGGAGGAGAAGAAGAAUGUGCGGUAGAUGCGGCGCAAGUCUGCACUCGCUUAAAAUUAAUUCACAUUCAUGUCACCCUCCCUACUUCAGCUUGCUAUGGGGCACACUGUGUACAUCGUUGGACACGACGGUCGGACUGUCCUGUCGUGUGUGGUGUGUUCGAAAACGCCCGUAAGACCUCACAUGAUGGCCUUCAUGUUUCCUGGAAAUGGAUGAGAGUAUCCCCUUCUGUCCCAGUGAUGAUCAUCGUUGCAAUGAAAAUGCGAAAGUGAAAUAAGAUCUUUGUCGCACACAUGUUCCCUAUUUUAAUUUAACCCGCAAAUAAACCGUUCUCAAAGAAAUCACAAGCCAAAGUCCUUAAAAAUCACACCAUCUGAGUAGUCGAUGGAAGCAAGAACAUACAAAUUUCCCAUUAUUACCAGCUGGUGAUUAACGUGAGUGUCUUGCCUUCCAGGCAUAAGCCCUGUCGCAAUUAAAGCAGACAUUUUUGCAGAUUUGGAGGCUCACGCGGCGCAAUGAAUAAGGGACUGCAAGGUAAAAAAUAGCGUAUCCUAACGUCACAGCUGCAGUCAUGUAAUGAAAAGGCCACCAAGUUCGUGACGAGCUAUAAUUAUCCAAUAGUUCAAACACGGUGCUGCGGCACACAGCACACACACACACACAUACCUCUGACAUUGUGCAUUCUGUUUUCUGCGAAAUGAUGGAUCCUCAGUUUUUGCAGAGUGCCGGCGAACGCGCAACCAGACUUUUAUCAGGACGAUUGGCAACGUCUUAUUUUCUCAUAUGAGACAAAGAGCUCUGAGUUGGCAAUACUGACUCAGAUUUCGAACGAUGACCGCGGGAAAUAAAGAAGAAUUGAUGACCGGUAGGGUUUUGCUCGAGGCCUUCAUCUGUUCUCCGUUCUUUUUGAUGUCUCGCAAAUAUGUGAUCAUUUUAUGUAACGGUCUGCAGACGCUUAAUUUAAUGUUAUUCAGUAUCCUAGGUAAAGGAGACUGAAGAUGCAUCUGUUUUCUUUACAGAUUGUAAAUAAUUGUAUAUGUUCGGUCAUAGGCCAUAUGAGUUUGCUUUCGUUUUAACCAUGAAGUACCAUCCGACUGUGAUUAACUGUGCGAAUACGUGAAGCUUUAUCAUACGACUUCUUUUAAUCUAAAACUGACCGUUUGCAAAUACUAUCUCCAGAGUGUAUUCGAUUCUUUCUGUAUGGUGGGGCAUUUUAUGGACGCAAAGAUGCUUCAAAAAUGGAUCACAAAAGUGCAAGAGACUUUGUUGAUGAGAGUUUUUUCAGUGUCCGGUUUACAAACUCUGAGGUGGACGAAUUUGUUGUCUUGAAAUGUAGAGCACUUGGCAAACUCUUUUUCACUCACUCCGACAUGCCAUAUAACGACGACGCAAACCGUCUACGGAAAUCAGCAGAAUUUAUUAAAUUCGAUCGAAAUUAUAGCAACUUUUAAAGUGGAAUGCACAUCUUUGCGUGCCGGAAUUAAUUUGAGGAAGGUAGAAAACGAAGCGGCUGGUUUUUUGAGAGUUCUAUUUCAUUUAUUGGCACCCAAAUAGCAUAAACUUUGAACUGUAUGCUUCAUUGAGGUGUGAUGAGUCCUCGAUGUAAUCUGAAAGAGAGGACGAAAACACACAACUAAAUUUAACAUUUGUGUUGUAGUAAUCAUAUGUGUAUGUUGUCCAGAGGCUGCGGAAAACACCAUUAGUUUAUUUAAAUUGGAAUUAGUAUCCUACUGUGCAUUUAAAAAAUUCGUUUAAAUGCAUAAGAGCACCGUAAAUGGACUUCACACGCUACUUAAGUAGUGACAGGUCCUCUGCGUAAUAAUGGAAAGAGAUACUGGGGUCAUUUUGCCUCAUGCCAGUCGGUAAUGCCACCGGUGGAUCCUCGGUCAACGGGAUCCAUCUUCUGAGAAACGACGGGGAUCACAGAUGAUAACUGAAGACCCCCAAUCCCACGUUCUAGCGCUUUGCUCUAAAUACAGGCGGGUAAUAGACAACAUAACGAGGCGCUGUCGGAUACUAUUGAUAGGUAAAAAACGGCAACUAAAAUUCAUCUGCCUGCGGCAGUAUCUGUCAAACCCAGGAUAUCGUCGAUGGGGUUUUUUAAACCCAAACUUAGAUUCAAGAUACUGCGCAAUUUUGGCUAAGAUACAGGUUGCCGCGACGCAAAUACAUGAAAUAACUCCUAUACGGAGGCCUGGCGAUAUCUGAGUGUAGGUGAGAUAACUCAUGAAAUGUCAGCCGAUAUUUCGAAAUGAGUUUCCGUUUCGAAAAGAUUAAUUAGGUAAAGUUGUAAAACUAAUCAUCCGGCAGUAUAAUCCUAUGAUAAUCCAGUUACCGAAGGCGAUAGGCCUUCAAAUGCACUUCAUUUCGACUUCAUGCAAGAACUAUACUCUUCAAAAAAGUGACCACAUAAGUUGCAUGCACUUUUCUCAUUGAUUUUCUAUGCCCUUAAAAAUUCAGCUAUAUUUUGUAGAAAAGAUGCAUUCAUUCUUUUGCUUAUUCGAUAGAAACUGGUGACUUUUUCCAAUUUUAUAUUCAAAGAAAGGGUAUAAUUCAGUUCUAAAAAAGUUUCGAAUUGUGAGAUUAUUUAAUACUGUGAAAUGGCCCUUCAUAAAACGUCAUGUCUCUGCAUUUAUCAAUGUGGCUUGCAAAGUUAACAAUGUGGCUCAAAUACACGGCCUAAUUUUAUGACCCCUAUAGGGCCCCCUUUUAUUACCGUAGAGAAAUGUGUGGUUUUCCAUACGCGGAAAUUAUACGGUUUUUAGUUUGGGAACCCUAAAUACAAGUGUAACGGCAGGUCGGGUUCAAAAUUAUUCGGGAAUUGGAAAAGUUUCUGAAAAGCGAAUUAUACACUUUCGUAGAGUAUAAAAUUGUAAGAAGACGUACGUUGCCCUCGAAUGAGCAACCGAAUGAAUAUUCUUAUUCAUAUUUUGCAUGAAAUAUAAUUGAAUUUUUAAGGGCAUCGAACAUCAAAUCAACAAUUAGAUGCUAAUAAAAGCGAAGAGACGAGGCAAAGGCAGAUAAGGGUGGUUCAGCCUGUUAACAUGAUUGCAGCAGUGGAAUCAAUCCUUAGUCAGACGGAGUCAACAGAGGAGACGAAGAGCCUCAUCCGACACCAAGUUUCGUCUCUCCUAAUGGCCCACAGGUCGCGGGAAUUUCUUUUCCAAGGUCGAACGUGACGCGCUUAGAGAACUCAAGGCCGACAAAGACCUGGUCAUCGUGCCAGCGAACAAAGGACACGCCACAGUUGUACUCGAUAAGACAGACUACCUUCAAAAAGCCAAGGGUUUGCUGGAGGACCGACAGUUCUACGUCCCAUGUGAAACGAACCCUUUAAAGGCGCUGACACGCGAAAUUAAUGCUAGGUUGUUGGCCUUGGAGGACUCAGGUGCAAUAACACCGACCAAAAGACGCAUGGCGACACCCCAAGAUACGGCUUUGGCCCGAUUCUAUGGCCUCCCUAAGGUAAACAAAGACGUCACUCCUCUCUGGCCCAUCGUUUCGCUCAAAGGUACUCCAACGUACGGACUGGCUAAGUGGCUGUUCCGGCGUCUCAAGUUCCUGACUGUUGAGUCAGACACCACAGCCUCCUCGUCAGCACAAUUCCUGGAGAAACUCAGAGGGGUAAGCAUCCAUCCAAAUGAGGUCAUGGUAUCUUUUGAUGUUACAUCCGUUUUACUUUUAUUCCCCAGGACCUGGCGAUCGAGAAAAUCGAGCUGCUUCUACAAAGCACAUACGAUGAAACGGAGAAUCGUCUUGGACGCGCCCAAGUACUUCAGCUCACGAAGUUCUGUCUCGACGUAUUCCACGUUCGACGGGACAAUCUACGAACAGAUGAAGGGCACGCCAAUGGGUUCGCCGAUUUCGGGAUUCAUCGCCGAGGCAGUCCUGCAACGGUUAGAAUCGUUGGUCUUCCAACACCACAAACCGAAGUUCUGGGCCCGGUAUGUGGAUGAUACCUCCGUUGUUAUCGACCGAGAUCAACCGCUGACAUUCAAGGAACGUCUAGGAGGAGUAAUUGGCAGCGCGGGGAGUGCACAGACGAACACUUUUCUCAACACGAGGGUCGAUGCGUCAGAUGGUCGAGCAAUCAUCACACCAACAUCCAAGGCACGUGAUGAAAUUGCAGCAAUUAACGACGCGAAUGUCGGCCAUCACGCAACGUGCAACGAUCCCUGAUGAAGGGAAUGAGCCGUGGAUAUUCGUAGGUAUGCGGUAGCAUGGCUACUGCAUCUUAUAAAUACUGCAGCCGCAUAUGCAUGAACCACCCUUAUCUGCUUUUGCCUCUGAUGAUGGAUUCGAGCAGAAAUCCGAAACGUCAGGCCCCGGCGAUCGUGCCUUCUUCUUCAGUUACAUGCUACUCAUGUAGUCGUGUUUUAUAGAGUAAAGUUCUUGCAUGAAGUCGGAAAGAAGUUCAUUCGAAAGCCGGCUUUCUGAGGUAACUGGAUUAUUAUAGAAUUACGCUGCUGGAUGAUGAGUCUUACAACCGUACUUAAUUAAUCUUUUGGAAGCAGAAACCAAUUUUGAAAUUUCAGCCGGCUUUUCAUGAGUUAGCCUUCCUACUGUAACCUCUAAAUUGCACUUGAAAAUAAAGAUAAUGGAGUACCAACAAAGGCAAGGAAGAACGAAAUUGCAAUUUCUGGCUUAUUAGCCGUCAUAAACCAUUUACAUUUAAUCCCGGGUGUAAACCAUACUGGGAUUCGAAGUUCGGAUCAGUGGUCAUUGGAUCAAACGUUCUACUAAUGAGCCACGGGAUCGUUUUUCUGUCGACUGCGAUCGGGAAAUGGUCAUUCCGGUCUCUCUUGUCUUUGUCCGCACUUCGUUAUCCGCAUAUGUUACUAGCAGCUUAGGAAAUGAAUUCCGGGUCUUCCUGUAACACGGUUGUUUUCUGGAUUGCAUAAUCGGGAAUGAGCUUCUUUGUGGUGGUGGUGGUGGUGGUGGUGGUGGUGGUGGUGGUGGUGGUGGUGGUGGUGGUGGUUCUAGGAAAUUUGGCUGCAUUUUAUCUAUAUAGUAAACAAUUUUCAUAGCUGUUUGUGUUGUAGGGGUGGCGGAUAGGAUGUUAAAAAGCCCAGUUUGAAGUAAACACCUGUGCUUUACAUAGCAUCUAGGUAUUUUGGACAGAAACCUAAGAAACGUCACUGUUGGCUUAGGAUUGGAACGAUCUAUAUUGCAGUACUUUUCGGAAACGAGAGCAAAUAUGUAAGAAAAAGAAAAGUAGAUUUCAUACGCAACUUGACAGUUCGACCGUCGAUUUUGACGAUGUCCACGGUGUACGCAAUAACAGGGUGACAGCAGUGAUGGUGAAUUGCGCGUGAAUUAGUUUAUAGUGAUGGCGAGCUUGCGCAGCACAUAUCGCACUCCCCCUUUCCCCACCUGAGUCCGGUGUCAAGACAUAGUCAAGAAGACAGGAGGCGGAAGAGGAUGGUUGGCGCAGCCUGGCCGUCCCUAGGCGUGCCGUAGCACGCUACGUAAUUAGUGAUUAGUCCUCGACGUGAUGCAAGAAAUGGGUACUGGGGACACUGUGCGGCUUCCUGUCGAUCGGUUACUCGGUCAGGUCAUUCAACAGCACCCAUUGCUACAGGUGAAAAUGUAGGUUUGCGGACAUGGCGAAGAUCACGGAUGAGAACUGGAGAUGCCCCAUUCUCCAUUCUGUCCUCUUGCUCUCCCCGCUGGAUAGGAGGCGGGUGAUGGAGGACAUAAAAAGGCGCCGUCGCAUGUCAGAGAUAGGCGCAAAAAACGGCAAGUGAAAAUUAGUUGUCUGGGAUAUCAUUGAUCGAGUUUAUCAAAAUAAGACUUUAUUACUAGCAUACAACCAAAUUUUGGUCUCAAUGUAGGACGCCAUGGUGCAAAAACCUAACAUUAUUCCUUCACAGAAAACUGGCGACCAAACAAACUGGUAUAGAUUCAGUCAUAGUACGUCUUCCUUUCAGUCGACACCUAGAUUAACGGUGUAUUUCGGACUUUAAUAUUCCAGUAAUUACAAAGACUUCUGAGGCUUCACUAGAAAACUGGGUCUGAGCGCCUUCUGGGAAAUAGAGUGGAACCCGCAUAGGUUGCUAUAAAUCGUUAACUAUAAGACUAAUUUUCGAGUGACCGGUAAGAAAGCAUUGGUGGAAUCUUAACUUUUGGAGUAUUUCGACGUUUACAUAGAAUUGGCCCUCAUAUUUUGGCAUUGAGAUACAAUUGCUUUUAGCCUAAUCUUUACACGACUGCCUGUAAGGACUUUAGACUGAACCUCUAGACGGGGCGAACAUGCCCCGCAAAUUGCUCAAUGAACGCCAUUUUGUCCCACUUGCAAAUCCCCCUCAAGUAAUCGGCAUGCGUUUUCUUCACUGGUCAUGACAUAAAUUCAUCCAUAUGCCUAGCGCAUUUCUUUCGUCUGGAAUUUAAAGUGAAGACGCAUUUCGUCUUCUGAUGCCUCAGUAAUUGCUAGAGCUUUGUAGGCGUUAACAGGAGGAUUCGGUCUCCUGCGACACUUAAAGGUCCUAAAUACUUUUCGCGUGCAUCCCAGACGUUCCUAGUCGCCAGGAGCUCUCUUAACAGGGAACCCGAAACCACAAGAGCGGGAUUAUUCGUCUCUAGUAGUAAAUAGAAGUUAGUAAGUUUGCCCAUUAGAGUAUUUAACUUGGAAUGAGUUAUCUUUCGGUAUUUGUGCCAAAUAAGAUUAAACAUAUAACCGCACUGAACAUAUAUUUCAGGUUCUGGCCAAUUAAUAGUUAGUCACCAGUGUAAUUUAAAGGGGGAUGUUGGGAAAAUCCCCCAGCUAGUAGUCAAAAUCUUGCUGUAAUAGUGUCUCAUGGUAAUUGACAAUGUAACACAAAAAGGUUUGCCCACCUACUGAGGAAACACGAUGACGCCCAAACAGCUUUUUCGGCUUUUCCCCGUCAAUUCGCCUCUAAAAAUAACUGUAAGGAUACAAACAGUGCGCUUACCGUGGAACGUCCAGGGGUUGAGUAUUCCAUCGCCUUUGCUAAUAAACAAACUCCCAUAUUUCAGCACCUAAAGGCGGUUGUACACUCAUGUGCAGUCAGCGACAUAUCUCAUGAAAUGUUUGUCGAAAGUAUGAAGGACGCUAUCGAUUUGUAAGGAUUGCCUAAGUGGGGUUGUAUGUUGACCAUCUUGUGGCCUAACCCCGUAAUAUAUCAGACAUGUCAGAAUGGUUUUGGAAUGCAAAAUUAUUCAGGGGUUAAAGCAUUUGUAAAACACCAGCCACAUCAUUUUUUCUAGAAUAUAUUUCUAACGCGACAUUAUUUGCUACCGAAUGAGUACAAGGGGUAGUAUUUUUAGAGUUUUUCUGUAAAAUACAUUUGAAUUUACAAGGGCUGUAAAAAUCAAUAGUGAAAUGCAUAAUGCUUAAGUAAUCAUUUUAACCGACUGUGAUUGCCCCUGAUGGUCGAAAACAAAGGCCAGCACCCUGGCCUGUCUGAAAUAUUAUAGGACUACGUCGCAAAAUAAUCAAUAGUAAACUUAACUUAUCCCUCCUUAUUGAAAACUAAUUUCAGAAUUUCAGUUGAUAUUUAACGAGACCGGUUAGUGACUGUAUACGACUGGCUGAAACUGAUUUCAGAGUAUACGGGGGAGCGACCGACUUUCCGAAGUCAUUUAAUACUUAACCCCCUUGCCCCUACAUCAGAUGGUAAGUGUGUGGUGAACAUGAGUGAGAAAAUUUAAUUGUCUGGACUUCAAUGUGGUAUGGGGAACUGCAGGUUGUUUUUAUGCUAUACAAGUUCGCCUUAACUGACCCAAAACGGUUUUCAUGGUUAAGAGCAGGUUCAUUCCAUUUUAUCAUAUGCAAUGUAAUUUAACCGAUCAUCGUUCAUAGGCAUAUUAAGAUGGUAAAAAUCUCUUUAGUUGUCUGCCUCAAAAACUUUUUUCAUCGAUCGUAAAAUUACCUAGGGUUUGAGAAGAACUGAACAUUUUUUUCAAUGCAAAUCUCAGUCAACGAAAAUAUUCUGCGGACGCUUAAGCUAGUGAUAUUCCGAGAGACCAGAGCCAAAAAAUUAUGAUGGUCAGAGUACUUUUCUAAGUCAUUUUUUACAAGUACAUCCUAUGUGAAUUUUGCGGCAUGCCUUUCUUUGCGCGUAAUAUGAGCGUCGCUAUUUAAAGCGUCUAAUGAUCAAAGAAAAGGCUGGCACAACACACCAGGGGUAGAGCUCUUUUGGUUGGUUCCAAAUAAUUCUUUAUGACGCAAAUGUGCAAAACUCGGCGCCUCGGUUAGUUGGCUGAUGAAUACCUACCGAUUCAGAAUUUAUGGCGCCUUGUGUAUCUUACCAGAGACUUGUUAGGAUCUUUUCCGAAUGAGGGCUUCAAUUAACGUCUCGGGACAGUCGGCCACCACGACAAAGCAAAUCGGCGACGACGAUGCUUAGCACAAAUAAGAGAGGAUUUAUUUCUCAUCAUUAUUGAUAUCCUUGUUCAAAAAUGGAUCAUUAGUAGACGGUGUUAAACAAAGCUCACAUUAGCUGGCAUGCUGUCGACAUUUCCUCCAAAAGAAGUCGCGCAUUCAGAAUUUCUAGACACGGAAACAUUGUUCUUCCGUAAUAAAUUUGCACAAGGCAGAUGCGGCUAAAUUUGCAGAAUUUACUGAGGUCAUGGAAUUUCACGAAUUAUUUUUAAACUGCAUAGGGUAACUGCAUAUCAAUAGGACGAAUUCUUCAUUCGGAAAACGGCUAAAGGGAUUUAACCUUAUAGGCAAGUACAAAUGAAGAAUAUUGGUCUGACAUGCCGGUGGAUAUGUUGUGAUGGGGAGGAGAGAGAAAUUUGCUUAACUGAUCUACUGAUUAUCUUAUUUUUGCCCUCAGCUUUCAUUUCAGAAUCUGCGGAGUCAGUUGACCCAGUUGCCACGCGCACUUGCGUGCGCCCAAUGCAUUUGUAUCCGAAACUACAUCUAACCUCAUAAAUACACCUGGAUGGAGCGUGCACAGACAGAAGGUUUUACUCGAUUCGACAUAGAAUAGGGCCACGCAGCUUACGAGACACAACUGAAUUCGCCGAUUCCGUGAGACAUGCAAAUCCUAAUGGGAAAACGAUGCGGUCCCUAGACGUCUCGUCCUUGUUUACAAACAAUCCUUCUACGGAAACAAUAUAGUUUUAGGUGGCAAGAUUGUAAGGCUAGAUUUCCAAAGCGGAAUGGCGAUCGGAGUGUCCAAUUCAGAUUCAACGGUAACUUUUGCGGCCUGAUCGACGGCGUGGAGAUGGGAUUAUGCCUUUGACCUCUACCUCCGUCGAAUUAUAAGGAACCUUUAUACCUUUGCUGGAUAGGUUGAUGAGAUUUUCGAAAUAGUGAAUGAAAGGAUUGAUUUGAAUGUGCUCCAGCGAAUCAGGCUCAUCCAAUAUUGACCUUCAACUUGAAAAAAGAGAGUCGAGACUGUCUCUUCUUUCUGAACGUCCUGCCUAAUCGAAUGCCGGAUGAAACAGUUAGUAGAAAUGUAAAUCACAAGCCAGAAACGAAGCUUUGUCCUCUGCCUCACAAACCGAUCUAGGAGAAUAUGCACUUCUGAUAGGUUUGAAAAUGAACUCCCAACUAUAUAAAACACUGAGAAAAAAAUGGCUAUCCCGAAAACUUCAGCAGCAAAUAUGUUGUUGUGACAGCGGCAGAGAGGAAGGAAUUAUUUCUUGCAAUGCCCUUUCGAGGGGACCCCAUGAGCGAAAUCCUACAUCGCUGCCUAAAUGCCGUAAUAAUUCAGACGUACCCAGUCGCUAAGACAAGACUGGUUUUUCACAAGUAUCCCGCCCUUUCGCCUUGAAUAUAAGGACAGACUGCUUGUGAAGACCUCUUUAAUGUGCAUGUACGCCUUCACUUGCUGUUGUGGGACAGGUUAUAUUGGUCGAAUAACCAGGUGUCUAUCCAAGCGGAUGCGAGAGUACCAUCCUGCGUGGCUUCAUCAAAGUGGAGAAAAGUCCAUUUUUGGCGCAAAUGUGGCCCACCUAGUUGACAGUGGCCACUGGGUAGAGGUCAACUAAGCAUUCCAAGUCAUCUACAAAGUACCGUCGAGACACUCCAAGUUCCUGCGUCAGCGAACACUUGCGACAGCAAAAGUAGUGGCCAUAAGGUCAGCCAACCCAACCUUUUGUCCGCGUAAAGCGUUCGUACGGGCGCUAAGGCUCCCCUGAGCAAAGACAAACUAAGCAUAAGUGUUGAUACCCACAACUACUGGUCAGAAGCCUCUCCCUACCCCUCCCUAAGAACCUGAAAACAUUAGAAUUUGACCUCUAAUUUCCGAACCCCCCCCCUAAAUCCUUUCCCCCAUACUGACUUUAUUGGCUGUUUACUUUUGCUAUUCUGCCCUCCCUUAUAUUAAUGUACAGUCCUUCUGAUGGAUAAUCGAAGGCGUACCUUUGCCGGACUUGGCUCCUUGAAUGUUCACCUGGGUAUCGUCGCUGAACUAACCGGAAGAGCCAUGGUGGUGCUUACGAAAAGCAAAUGUGAAUGCCUGUUAUGUUGUAUAUCAUAGUCUUCGUUUGGUCACGUUUGACACAUAACCUGGCAUUUUAGCACGGAUAUUUCUAAAGUAUUCUCUUAUCUGGGAUGGCGAUAUUUACUGAUGGGUACCUCCGAACGCCCAUUUCAUGGAAAACAGUCUUUCACGCGACUGCCCUAUUCAUCAAUCUAUUUAAGGAACAUAUUCUAAUGGUUCUGUUGAGCAGGCGGAAAAUUAAGUUUUGUUUUGUCUGAAUGUGAAUGGAUUUGAGAAAUUGUAGGUACCAUCCAUUUCAAUUGGUUUUUACUUAGACGAAUCCAUUAAGAAAACCGUCAGAAAGAGUAUGGUUUACGUCCGGGGCCAUUUUCUAUAAGGAGCGAUUGUGUUGAGGAAAAGAGCCGAGCAUCCAAGAACUUUGUAGUAUCACAAAUUCUGAUCCUCCAUACCGUUCCCAAUUAAAAGGGGACACUAUUUUUACCACUUAAUGAGUAUAAUAAAUACAUUUACCACCCAUUUGGAGGCAUUGUCAAAAAGUUAUUCCAUUGUCGUAUUUUUCUUCCAAUGAAUACUUUAAAGGUUCUUGACUAACCUAACGCAGCAGCCCCCGAGAGGUCUUUUUAUUCCUUUCUCUGGCACCUACAAAUAAAUAACGCCAGUCAUUUACUUUGAGGACAGUGAAGUGACCCCGGGCGUAAACCAUACCCCUACCAAACCGUUUGCUUACCCCUGUACAAGAACGUCCAAGAAAGGCAAUAUGUCGCUCUUCUCAUGCUGAAGCAGGCAUGCAGGGCAGGAUUUAAUGGUACCAAAAAAAUUCCCGACAACUUGUCGGCUGCGUCCCGUCACUUCUUAAGUUAGAUAACGAGUGGGAAGAAUACAACAGAUUUCAAUUCGUGCAGAAAAUCAAUGCAGAAACAGCAAGAUCAUAGUUUUGGGUAAAGCUGGCUAAUCGAUAAAGUUAGUAACUCAAACAUCGUAUGGGAAGAAUAGUGGAAAAACGGGGGGCAUUAACGAGCAAAAAAGAGAUGGGAAGUGAAAAUCAUGUAGCUGGAGGUUGCCAUGGCAAUUUUAGGCUAACCACGUGUUCCAACUGUUUACAACGAUCUGAUUUCACCUGCCGUAUAUAGGCCGCCUCUAGGUAACGCAAUGUCAGAGUUGUUCGUGCCCGAACAAGUACUCGGAAGGAAGUUUUGGGUCCACGGAGUGACCACUAUCAAGCAGGUGUUUCGUAAUGAAUUAACGCGGGAUUUUAUUCUCUUGCUGUAGGAGCGAUCUGGGCAAGUGCGCAAUAGACCUGGCUGUCAAAUGCCUUUGUGUUCGCCCACUGUACUUGCAUCCGCAAGUGCAUUUGAAUUCAUAAACACAAACUGGCAUUGGCGUGCAUUGGCAAGGCAUCCUUCGCCCGUGUUAUCGGAAGAGGCCUGCAUAAUACGAGGUCGGCUGCAUUGUAUGUCGUUUCAAUUGCGGAACGCAGCCGUCGUUUGAUAGUAUUUAAAAUAUUGUCGUCUUUAAAGGGCAAAGAUCUAAAAACGCGACAGAGCUUUCCUGAGGUGUGCAAGUUCUGCAUUCAGUGUGUCAUUGGAGCAAAUAUUCCUAGCCCUUUGGAAAAGAGCGUAUACCAAGUUACGUUUCCAUUGUAUGGGUACAAAACUUAAAAAAUGCAAGUAAUGUCUCUUCCAAAUAUUCUUGUAAAAAACGGAACGCCUUAUGGAGCCAUCUUCCUGUCUAAACAUAAGAAAGUCCAGAAAGGGUGGUUGAUUGAUCUGUUCCUUCUCCAUUGUACAAUUCAUCCUUGGAUGUAGCUUAUUCAUAAUAGGAAGCAAUUCUUCAACCUCCUUAAUGUCUUCAACAAUAGCGAAAACAUCAUCGACUUAUCCUUUGUGGAGUGGCAGCAUAUUCAAUUUCGCGGACACUUUUUCUUCUAGAUGACCCCUAAAGAUGUCAGUAAAGGUAGGGACGAGAGGACUUCCCAUCGCCACUACGUCAAUUUGACUAUAUAAUUUUCUAUUAAAAAGAAAUUGAAUCCUCUUUGUGCACAAUUUCAAUGCCUCUCGUAGUGUUUCAGGUGACAGACAAGUUUCAGAUGCAUGGGUACAUAUGAUGUCUAUUUUUUCAAGCUCUUCUCAUGAUUAAUCGUAAAGUUAGUAUUUGCAUAUGCCUUUUCAUAGUCUUGAGUAACGAUUCGCCGUUCAUUCGUGCUAUUGACGUUCAUGUGCCGUCUCUAAGAAGUGACUCGCUGUAAGCUUUGGGUUAAUUUUCGCUUGGGGCUUGACAUGAAAAUUCCUGCUAGGACCGACUCCAAUGGACUGUCCAUAUUUAUAUCGUUGCUCUGUCUAUCCAACUGCCCAUCGAAGAAGAGCUGUUCAAUCUUGCCUCAUGAUCGCAGUAGUCGCCGAAGUUGACCUAGCACAAGCAUUUUUCAGUAGCGUGCUCACAACUUAUGUAAGUGGCUUCAUGCAGCGACACGUUUGUGAACAGGCUCUGGUUGGCAUCGACACCGUUUAAAUCCCUUUCAGUUAACAUGCGGCAGUUGCGUAGCCAACAGCAACUACCUCUGGCAAUCGCACCAGGUUCCUCUGGAUUUGGACUUCUGGAUGACCAUUUUUCGCUCAUUUAGCAGAAAACCACUUUCUCCAGUUUCAUUCAGUCAAAAUUCCAAAGCUAUGGGUGCAGCUAAGCCUCUGAUACUGCACAUACAUUAAACUUAGGGCGAAUCUGGUGAAAUAAGACCUCUCUAAUAUGCUCUCCAGUUGACUCGACUAUGAUGUGGAUUUUUCUGGAAAAGUGGGAAUAAAAUUCAAAAAAACCUAAGGGAAUCUAGAAUAUAGUUUAAUGGAAUUUCUAAGCAAUAUAAACGAACAACGCCUGAUUAAUUCUGGUUUGGUGCCUCCAAAUCGGAAAUUAGAAAGAAUGGUCUUCCGAAAAUGAAACUGCCAGGCCUGUACAGCUACGUCGGUUUUUAGUGCCUACUAUACGACACACAUCUACACACUAGAGUAGGUGUGUUAAUUCAUCAAAUGUCAACCGAAAUUCCGAUUUGCGUUUUCGUUUCGAAAAGAUUAAUUUAGUAGAGUUAUAAAACUAGUCAGCCCGCAACAAAAUUCUAUAACAUUUCAGUUACCUCAGGAUGCCGACUUUCGAACGAACUUCCCUCUGACUGCAUGUAAAAACUGCACUCUGCAAAAAUGACUACUUAAGUAACAUGCAUUUUACUCAUUGAUUUUCGAUUACCGUAAAAGCCCAAUUAUAUUUCAUGGAAACAAGCAUAAAAAUAUUCACUCUUUCAUUCGUUCAGCAGAUAACUACGACUUUUUUAAUUUUACAUUCGAAUGCCGGACAUAAUUUGGUUUUAAAAACGUUUCUAAUUGUGGGACUUUUAAAUGCCGUGAAAUGGCCGUUCAUAAAACGUCAUGCCUCUGCAUUUGUCAAUGUGGCUUUCAAAUUUAACAAUAUGGGUCAAAUUCACCGCUAGAAUUUAUGAAACCUAUACGGUCCCCUUUAUUACCGUAGAGAAAUGUGUGGUUUUCCGUACGCGGAAAAUAUACGGCUUGUAGUUUGGAAACCCUGAAUCCAAGUGUAACGGCACAGCGGGUUCAAAAUUAUUCGGAAAUUUUUUUUAAAACCGAAUUAUACCUUUCCUUCGAGUAUAAGAUGGGAAGAAGAUGUAAUUUUCUACCGAAUGAACAAAAGAGUGAAGGUUUAAAUGCAUGUUUUCCAUGAACUAUAAUUGCAAGCCAAUGAGAAAAGGUAAUGCUACUUACGUAGUCAUUUUUUACACAGUGUAGUUUUUGCAUGCAGCUGGAGGGAAAUUCAUUCGGAAGCCAACAUCGUGAGGUAACUGGAAUAUUAUAGAAUUAUGUUGCAGGCUGACUAGUUUCACAACUCUACUUAAUUAAUCUUUUCGAAACGAAAACGCAUUUCGGAAUUUCGGUUGACAUUCCAUGAGUUAUCCCACCUACUGUAUAUUGGCAUCCGUACAAUAGACCAAGGCUUGGUGUGCUGGGCCAACAAGGGGGCUGGAUCAGAACGUGACACGCGUUACUAGACAGCACCCAUAAUAAAUUGCGUACAUAGGGAUGUGGUGGCAUACCUAUGCGCAGACCCACACCGCACCCUGUCCGAUCCUACCUCCGGUUUUCUUGCUUCCGUCUUCACAUCGGGCCAGGUGAGUGGGGGAAAAGAGAGUGCAGACGAAAUAGCGCCUAGAAGCGAGGAGAAGAGUUCGGGGAAACAGUCGUGGAGAAGGGGACACGAUCGCUGGGACAAGAGCUUUUUUCGCCUGACGUUUCGGAUUCCUGCUCAAAUCCAUCAUCAGAGACAAUAGCAGAUGCGGCUGGUUCAUGCACUAGGAACUGUAGGAUUUAUAGGAUUCAGUCGCCGUGCCACAGCAUGCCAAUGAAUAUUCACGGUUCUCCCCCGCCUUUAUCAGGGAUCGUUGCACUUGGCGUGAUGACUGGUUGAUGGCCGUUGAUCGCUGCAAUUUAAUCACGUGUGUUGGAUGUUGGUGUGAUGAUUGCUCGACCAUCCGACCCAAUGACCCUGGCGUGGGCACCAGUGUAUACCUGUGCGUUCUCCGCGUGGUUAGUUACUCCGCCACCCGUAUCUGCUUUUGUCUCUAAUGAUGGGUUCGAGCGAGAAUCCGAAACGUCAGGCGAUCAAAGCUCUUGUCCCAACGAUCGUAUUUCCUUCUUGACGAUACAGCGUCUGUCUACUUUUAUUUUAUUUCAUGAGCAAAGCAUCGCCCCUAUUCCUAUAUCCUGUGGGAAACAUGAAGGAAAAGUUCGGAAACGGUGUCUUAAUAUGAUGUAUUAGACAAUAUUCGACGUGUGUGUCACUACUCCCGAUCCUUGAUCUGUCAAUUUGUUGGUUCCUGUAUUUGUGCCGACGAACAACUUUGUCAUCCAUUCAUUUGAAUACACCUUUUUCUGUUGCCUUAUCAAAUAUUUGGCCGAACCGCCAAUUCCUCGCUUGGUGAGCCCCUACAUUCCAUUACACAGCCAGAUUCCUUCACGCCAGCCAUGCUGACUGCGUGCUAAGAAAGUGAUUUGCAAGGGUCCUUAAUGUUUCUAUGUUGGUUAAGUUCGUCGUCUAUAACCUGUCGGAUCAUGGUAGCAUUCGAAAGGCCCACGCCUAAGAAGUCGAGAGUGAAUAUGCCUUCCACAUGACAAGGAUCUUCUCCGCAGAAGAACCUGAAAGUGCUUCGAAAGUGACAGAUGACGUCCGAGUCAGCGGUGACGCCGUACUAGGCGACUGUAAGGACACUUGCUACAGCCAGGGCUCAGAAUUAUUCCACACUUCCCAUAGACCUCCUGCUUCUGUAGAGCACAUCUCACCCUCCAGGAGAGACUCCCAGUCCUUAUUCUCUUGAACGAUGACUCUGCCCUUAAGUUAACUUUUUAAGGCGGGACUGGCGGUCCCCUCGGAAGAGCGGAUUCGACGAGUGUCGCUUGGCUUGCCACAUAAUAAGAGUAGGACGCCUCAACAUUUGCGCACAACUACAAUCGGAAAAUAGUCGCUCUUCGUGCGUAAAAUGCCCUGACCCCCUCACGCACCAUACGCACCUAGAAUUUCGCUUCUCUUUGGCGUUGAUGUCUUCUAGGAAAUUGCCCUGGCUAUAUACUUUACUCAGCAUUUUCCGGUGGACGAUGCCUGACUUGGCUUGUUAUGGCGAAGAUAAGUUUUAUUUUGGACGGCGUACUUGCAUAUAGAGGCAUUGUCAGAGGAAGUUCCAAAGGAAUUUAUUCUUUCCGCACCCUGUUCGGCUCUAAUUAGUAGAAAAUCCCGUUCACAAGCGAAGUACUUAUAUUUGUAUUCUAAUGUUGUAUGUCUGUUUAGAAGGCUUUCCUUGUUGAAUGACUGUUAUUUGAAAGUGUUCGUUUCCAUGACAUUUUUUGGUUCAGCGCUGAAGCGUGCAUGCUCUCGGAAUGGACGUUUAGUGUCCCGGGGCAGUGUAGAGAUACGAGAUAUAUGUGACCGGUGUGGGCGACGACUGGAAAUGCGGCCGCCCUGAGUCGAAGGCAGUGCUGCCGACCACUAUCAUUGGGAUGUUUGGGGGCUUGUCCAAGGCCCUACUGCCUCAAGGUCCUGUACACUUUCAGCAAAUGGUUCCAAACGCAUUGACCUGCAGCUGCUGGGAAAACUUCGGCUGGAACAUCCCUUGCGCCCACACGGUCGCAAAUGCCCAUGCGGCACUUGAACACACCGCAACUUGUCCAAUGCAUCACACAUCAGUUGGACAACACUUGGACUUAUUCCCUUCAAACCUACAAAAGAAAGUGCCGCCAUUUGUCCGACUCCCUUUCUCUCUCAGGCACUACCUAACACCCUCAGCUAAUGCCAUGGCUCCUGUCAAUAGCCACCGUUGCUUGAGAGUGCAACUCAGGGUUCCGUAUCCAUAAAUCCUUCAUUCUGGCGACUUCUGUCUUUUCCAACAACUCCGGUUUUUCCCUGAAGAUUAUAGCUCUUCGAGUACUUACGCCACUUAGGCGCUAGGCCAUCUCUGAUGCGGGAUUAGUUCUGGUGGGCUUUUACGGAUGGGGCACGUGCAAACAACUAAAAGUGCAGAAAUUGGGGAGAGGCAAGAAUAGCUAACCUUCGAGCAUUUGUACAAGUUGUUUAAAUGAUUACGUAACUCGUAGUGAAGUUACGUGUGAUUUAAGGGAAGUUAAAGUCUUUGCCAACGGAAUUUCGGAAAGCGAAAACAGAAUUACGGUUUGGAGGCCAAGUUCACGCCAGCUGAAUCUGUCGAGCACAAACCAAUCGAAUGUAGAAAACCAUAAGGCCAUUUAGUUGCAUUUCCGACCGCAAUAACCGAAAUGCUUCUAGUGAAUACCCCGUUCGUAAUUUUCUGCUAGUGUACUGAGACACUUCUAUACAUACAGAAACUAGGGUGGAGGUCUAGGCGCAAAAAUAGACUACAUUCUAUAAAACGUGUUCAACGAGGCGGCACCUAUGGGAGAAGGAUACACCUGUCGAAGGAGACAACCUUCCGGCUGGGAUGGCAGCCGCCAAGACCUGGGGUGUCCUGAAGAUAGCUCUCUGCCGUAUUUAAAGAUUGUCAAUUCGUAAAAUUGAUGACACAUUUGAAUCCGCCCUUGUGAUUGGCAGAGGUAUGUGUUGGGAAUAAGUUAAGCAAACGAGAGCUAACUAUGUUCCCCUUAACAAAUUUUGUGGUCUUGCUGUUGUUGGUUAGAAUUCUGGUCAUUUGCUGUGUGGCCAACGGGGGGGUGGGGAGUGGAGGGUCAAGUUGGGGACUCGGUGGCGACAUCCAAUUGCACGCUCCUCCUACCCUCGGUCUUCUUGACGCUGUACUUGACACCGAGACUAGGUGGGGGAGGAGAGGGUGCGGUAGAUGCUGUGCAAGUCCAGUAUCACUAUAAACUAAUUCACGCACAAGUCACUGUCCACCGUGAGGUGGAGCACACAGUGGAUAUCGUAAGCAACGACGGUCGGGCUGUCGGUGGUGGCGAGGAUGACCAUGGUGAGGAAUAAGGUGUCGAUGAUAAAGAUGAUGAAAACAAGGAGGGGCAGUGCCGGGUCCGGCUUAAAGCUCGCAGGUACCGCGGGGUGCUUCCUGUAAUAGUCAGUGUUGCGUUAUCGACAGCGAAUUCGUCACAUAUGCCUUGGUCGUGGCGAGGAGGUGACGUCUGUCCACCUGAUUCACCAGAGCUUCAGCAUGGAUUACAUCCGACUUGCCAGUAGAAAGUUAGUCACUAUUAGAAAAUUUUCGUCUUCACAAAAUUCUCUAAUAACCUGACUCAAAGUUUUCCUACCACUGAUAAGCAAACUCACCCCACUAGAGUGCAGGCAAAGCAACUUGCAACCUUUUGCCUCUGGAGGCUAAAAUUGUGGACAACUGAAGAAGAUGGAGACCCAGAAGCUGAAGAUGCGGUCACUGGAUGAAGACAUUUACUGGCCUGACGUUUCAGAUUCUCACUCCACUUCAUCAUCAGAGACAUUCGCAGAUAAAGGUGGUGGCACAGGGAAUACAGCAUUUAUAGCACGUGUCUGCCGCGGGACCAUAUGCGACACUGUAAUUAACAGCUCUCGCAAUCACCGCUAGGGUCGUAAUUGAUGCGGUGGUGGCUUAUCAGUCCGAGUCCGAGUCGUUAAUGGCCGUGAUUUCGUCAUCCGUGCUGGGUGCUGGUGUGAGGAUUGUUCGGCAAAUUGCCUCACUGUCACUGAGAUAAUUGCUCGCCCGCGCCCUCCCCACGUGAAUGAUUCCAUGCUCAGGGAAAAUCUCAGCACGUAAUAUACUAACGGGAGGUCAUUGAACUUGAUGAAGAAUUGCGGGCCUGGGAACCAUGACUCGAGCAGCUCGCGGCUCACGCAGUUGUCACCCCUUGCGAGGAUUUCGGCCUCUUAAAACUUGCAAACAUGGCCGGGUCCCAUCGAAAGAGCCGCCACCUGAGAGGUAGUGUCUCCCGCCCGAUGGAGACUCCACUACUCUGAGAUGGCUUAUCGGCCUGGAUAACACAGUUACAGGAAACUGACAGUCCCGGUCAGAGUUCCCCGAUGUGUAAUUGCGGCGAAAUCCAUUUCAUCAAAUUGCAGAGUUUUGUAGCCUAGACUAUUGGUACGCACACGCGUGGGUUCCACAACUGUGCCGAGCGUGUUAAUCCAACCGACAGUUCGUCCGUCGAUUUCGACGAUGACCACCGUGUGCCCCACAGACUGCAUUGUGGGAGCAGGGACGGUGACUUACGCAGGGGUUUAUAGUGCCAGUAGACUUGCGUAGCAUCUACCUACACUCUCUCCUCCUCCCCCGCCUGGGUCCGGUGUCAAGACAGAGUCAAGAAGACCGGAGACGGGGGAGGCCGCAGGUGGAUGGCUCGGACGGAUCCUCACCUUGGCGUUCCACCACACCCCCUGGUCCACACAACAAUAACCAGGAUUUCAACCAACACAACAGAGAUUUGGAGGCUGGCACGGCCGAAGCCGCACCUGGGCGUGCCGCCAACGCCUGGCUCGGAUCCCACACUGUGAUGGGAGUGCCAUAAAGGCCACAUUAAAAAGGAGCCAUUGCAGCCUGACUCUCAGACCGCCUCCCGUUAGGGAGGAGGUCCAAGGUACCCCGUCAGUCGGCAACCUUCCAAGCCACGGCUUUUAGCGCACCGUGAUAGCUUCAAGCGCGUCAGAUUGUUUAUAGUGAGGAAAAUGCGCUGAGUCGUCGACCUCACUCUCCCUUCCCAUUCCCACACCCCAGCCACUGUCCGAGCCGGUCAGUAGACUGGAGUGGGGAAUGGGCGCGGUGGCUGACAUGGUCGACUGACCAUGCCUGCGCGCGCCACAGCACGACCUGGCCCCCCAUACACACAAACACCAGGAUUUCACACAACGGGGGUUGAACGGCGUGUCUCUCACAUGCGUGAGAGGGCCGUGGAAGGUGCUGCUUCAGCCCGUCCCCAGCCCACCAGUCCGCCACUACACAACACACACACACACAACGUGACGACCACAUUCAAAGAGACGCCAUUAGGGUUUGUCGAAUUAGCGGUAGCACGAACCGAAUCUGCACGUUCAGGUUUUGCAGUCCGCUGGCAUGCUCGAUACCUUACUAUCAUGCGAUUAGAUCCGGUUUUGCCCAUCGAGAUGACGCCCAUUGAGACCACGAGGGUGGCGGUCACGAGUUAUGUAUGAAAGUAGUGCGUACAAACUCCCUGGCCUACAGUGAAUGUGUUAACUCAUGAAAUCUUAACCGAAAUCCUCAAAUAUGUUUUAACUCGAAUAGGUUACUAAGGCAGGACUCUAUUUCUAAGUAUUAUGUAGCAUAUCUCAAAGGUGUUUCAGUCACGACAGGAUUCCGACUUUUGAACGAGCUCUCAUCCGGUCGUCUGCAAAAACUGCACUAUGCAAAAGUGACUGUUUACUUAAAAGAGCCCCCACCCCGUUGAUUUUCGACUUUCUUAAAAAUUUGAGCAUAUUUCGCAGAAAAAUUGCAAGCACAUAUUAGUUAGUUUACUCAGUUGGUUGCUAAUCACGUCCUUUUCAAAUCUUUUCACUCGAAGAAAGGAUACUUAGAGUUUUAAAAAUUUUCUAAAUAUGAGAUUUCAUAAGACCGCGAAAUGUCAAUUCACUGCAAAGUUCAACGUUGCUUGUAGAUCAUACUGUAUAGUUCAAAUCUACUAGGAUCCCACAUAUUAGUCACAUAUUUACAGACUGACGGCCGAACGGAAGCUCGUUCAAGAGCCUAUAUCCUAACGUAACUGGAACAUCUUGGGAUGAUGCUACAUGACGUUUGGUCUUGCACCCCUGCUUAAGUAAUAGCUUCGAGACAAAGACGACUUUUAGAAUAUUGGUUAACAUUUCAUUAGAUAACACAUCUGCUGUGUGCUUUGAGAAAGGUUACCAUCCGGCAAAGACAGAGACACACUCUUUGACGUCAAAAUACAAGAAUGGAAUUACGGAAAACGAAGAUGUCAGAACCCAACAGCUUCUUAAGAGUCUUCAAUGCCAGUGCGCCUUUCAGGUUUGUGGCUGUGCUUCUGUUAGAGAUAUAACGUAGUUCAGGUAACCGCUGGUGCCCUUGUCAGUUUAAAUAUAUUUUAUAAAACAGCGCUCGCAGAUGUAUCUUUUUGGCGCUUAUUCGGUAGCAAAGCGUUUUUUUUCAAAUUGCACGGUUGCAACACACACACCUAGUCUUUUUCGAGUUUUCUAAUGCUUUAAGGCCAGUUCUGCCACUUUAUUUUCGUUUAUACUUUCCGCACAAGUUACAGUAGGUGGGCUACCUCAUGAAAUGUCAACCGAAAUUCUGAAAUGCGUUUUCGUUUCGAAACGACUAAUUAAGUUGGUUUGUAAAAUUAGUCAGCCUUCAACAUAGUUCUAUAAUAUUUCAGUUACAUCAGUAUGCCGGGUUUCGAACGAACUUCCUUCUGGCUUCAUGCAAACACAACACUCUCUAAGAAAUGACUACUUAAGUAGGAUGCAUUGUUUUCUUCGAUCUUCGAUGCCCCUAAAAGUCCAAUUAUAUUUCACGGAAAACAUUGAUAAACUAUUCAUUCUUCCGCUCAUUCGGUAGAACAUUACGUCUUCUUUCAAGUUUAUAAUCGAAGGGGGGCCAAUUGUGGGAUAUUUAAUACCGUUAAAUGGCCAUUCAUGAAUCGUCAUGUCCCUGCUUUUACCAAUGUGGCUUGUAAAGUUAACAUUAUGGAUCAAAUCAAGUGCUAAAUUUUAUGAACCCCAUAUAGCCUACUUUCAAUGACGUAGAUAAAUGUAUUGUUUUCCGUAUGCGGAAAAUACAUGGCUUGCAGUUUGGAAGCCCUGAAUGCAAGUGUGACGGCAGAGCGGGUUCAAAAUUAUUCGAGCAUUGGAAAACUUUAUGAAAACCGGAUAAUACGCUUCCGUCGAGUACAUUAUUGGAAGAAGACGUAGUUAUCUGCCAAAUGAGCUAAAGAGGAAAUAUUCUUAUGCAUGUUUUCAAUGAAAUAUAAUUGGGCUUUUAGGGGCAUCGAAAAUCAAUGAAAAAAAUGCAUUCUACUCAAGUAGUCAUUUUUUUACAAAGCAUAGUUUUUGCAUACAGCCGGUAGGAAGUUCAUUCGGAAGCCGGCAUCCUUAGGUAGCUGAAUUAUUAUCGAAUUAUACUGCAGACAGAUUAGUUUUACAACCCUACUUAACUAGUCUUUUCGAAACGAGAACGCAUUUCGAAAUUUAUGUUGACAUUUCAUGAGUUAGCCCACCUACUGUACAUCAAGCAUCCCUUCAUGACAAAGAAGGAAAUACCAUAUGGAGUCCAUAAACUUUUGUAAUGGAUGGAAACCGUGUUGUACAAUUCAUAAGCAACAUCUAAAACGUGCGUCUACCAGGCUUUAUGAAUAAAAAUUUCGAGGUCUUUCAAGUUCUUGUAAUUAGAAAUUCCUUAAACUGAUUGAUAAUAUACUUUCAAGUGAAAGGUCUGAAGAAGACCUAAUUAGCCACAAAAUUAGGGCAAGUAAGCUCAAUUUGGGGCAAUUGUCUUUCCAACACGACACGUUUGAAUUCAUAUGGACACCAAAAAUAAAAAGAAAUAAUGUAUAUUUCACAAGCGAUCCUUUUGACGGAACGUCUGAAAAGGAAUACAUUCAAAAGUCAACAUCGUUGCGUGACUGAAAUAUUGUGGAAUUAAGCCGCCCAGUGACCAAUAUUACAAUUCCACCUACGUAAUCCUUCCUAAUUGUAAGUGUGUUUAAGAAUUUCGGCUAACUUUUCGAGAGAUUGAUCAUCUACAGUAAACAAUCACCCUUUGAUUGGUUGUAAUGAUAGGGGCUUCAAACAAUGCCCUCCUUCCCACGCAUCAUCAAGGCCUCUUGGCAUGCCGGUCUCCAAUUUUCAGGAAACGGAUAUGAGUAUCCUCGGUCGAUCUUACGGUCAGACUUGCUGGAAGUGAAAAUGUGAAGAGAAAGUGUGAUCCAUGUUGCACACACAUUCGGAACCCUAGGCUAACUCACGCGUAAUCCGUUUUCACUAACGUUACGCCCUGAUCACCUUGAAGGCAACGUCGUCGUUGCAACCGAAUACAAAAAUAAUAUCAGACUGUGCUUGCCAGUCCAAGUUGAUAACUUACACGUGAAUGCCGCCACACAGUGAAUGGUUUUGGCAAAAGGUGUGGCCUAGGUGACGCGUUUGCACGGUUGCCGAAUGGCUGGCUCACACAGCGCGGCGAAUUAAUUACAUCAAGGCAACGAAUAAUGCGCCCGUGUCUAAAAAUUACUGCCGCCUCCGGACUCAAGCUUUAGGGCUCCAGAAAGACGAUAAAAGUGCGAUUGAUUUUUUGGAGAGCCAUUAUUACCCGGCAGCCAGACGACAAUGCUUCAUCAUUCGGCACUUCCGAAGGAACUCUUGUUCUAUUUACUGGUGGCAGUGACUCUGCUUAAUUUUCUGUUUGCUGCAGAAUAUUGGAUUUCCGUCUGUUGGAAAACACCCAUCGACACGCAUGAAGAUAUCCACCACGCGGAUUGGCAACGUCUCGUUUUCUCGCCGAAGACAAGCAGCUUUGAGUUGUCACUGGCAGUGCAGGUUGUAGGCAAUGGCCACGGCCGAAAAGGAAGUUCCGAGCAGCGAGUUCAAAGUGAAGUCUUUCAGAAAUCCCCCUCCCAGAAAGAGCGAUACACGUUUGAAGAAAUGGCGGAGAUUAAGGAUGAAAAUUGGGUACAACCGAUCCCCCGUCAGGUCUACUUACUCUAUCCACAGGCGCUGGAUAUGAAGCGGGUGGUGUUCGACAUAAACAGCCGCCGCCCUAUACCAGAGGUAGGUAUGGAUACCGGAAAGGAAGCGUAUUGUAGUACAUAAUUUUGUUUUUCAUUGCUAUAGAGGGGUGCAUUUAUGCAAUUCCUCAAAGAAUCAGACAAGUUACAGAAUAAUCUUUCUAGGUAAAUCUUACCCCACGUAGGCGAGUGCACACUUGUAAAAAAUUAUAAUCCAAGUGUGCAGCAUCAGAAUAUCUGUUUGGCCGUGGUAUUUUUUCCAGUCGAUUCCUCAAGCAGAUGCUUGAUGAAGCUUGCAGGGGGCGACGGACGCUAAUACGGUAGAAGAUGAUUGUCCUCCUCCAAACCUUAUGCGAUCAUUUUUCUCUGAAGUAGCUUUCGAACGAAAACCUGCCGGCACUACACAUCGAUGUUAACUAGCUUCUUAUUCCUUAAGAGUUCGGACUGAAUGGCUCCUCGGAUGUGCUACAGUACGCUCUGCAAGAUCAUGGAUUAGUCUGUCUCUCUGACCGAGCCACUGACGUCGACGGUUAGUGCUUUGGAGAGGAAUCCACUCCUCGUCACCAGUGGAAACUCUGUACAAAAAUGAAUGCUGAGAAGCUGUUGUGCAAAAAAAUGCUCACAACAGUUGGACUACAAUUAAUGAUUCUCUUCAGACAGGCAGUGCAUAACCAAUUUUCCAGGCGCAAACACUCCCAGUCCACUUAAAUUCGAGCAGGACAGUCUGGUGCCAGAAGACAAAUUUCCGCCAACUACCGUAGAUAUACUGAAAGGAUAAGCUCUGUCAAUUCCAUCAGCCCUUUCUAAUUAGUUCUUCUUUGGCUUUUUCUUUGCUACAAUGUUCCCAUUUCUAAUACACGCAAGGCAAUUUCCACAUGUUCAUUCGUGUUCAGGACCGCAGUGUUUCGAGUAGAUUUUCCUUCUACGCCUUCAAUAGGAUUUUAACAGUAGCAAGUUAAGACGGCUACAGCGGCGUCUUUGCGUUGCGCUUGAAGUAGUAUAUAGAGAGGCGGGAUUGAGCAGCAUUUGCUGCACUCUAUUUUACCUCAGUCUUCAUUUUGUAAAGAUGGCAGCGCAGUGUCAAGAUGAACCAAGUCGGAUGCGCAGGCACUUUUCUCGCGUGCGGCACACGCGACUGGGCCCCCAAUGCAUGUAUCGAAUCAAGAUAAGGUCUAACCUCUUCAAAAAACUCGCGAUUCUCCUUAUUACAUCCAGUCCUUACGUGCCCCCUCACUUCACACAUCUGGGCCCUUUAUUCUGUGGUUGCCGUGUUAUUUUGCAGUCGUGUUUCCUGCUUCUCAGGCCAUUUUUAUAGCGUAUUUGUAGUUAAUACCAUAAACAAUUUGCCAGACGAAUUUUCUAGGACAUUUUUCACGCCUUGCAAAUUACUGUGAACUGACUACUCCCAUCCCCCUCCGUCAUCUUUCAUAAUCUCAGCCGACACGUUAUAGGGUCAGAAUCUACAGACUGACAUUAGACUUGUCACCAUAAUGGUCACGCGGUAUCAUUUUUUAUCUGAAAUUAAAAACAAAUAGGAGUUAUCUCCUGUUGGCCGCAUUUCGUUCCAAUAGAGCUCAGGGGACCAGUCGCGUGCUUUGACAACCAUCUACAAGUAACAGUUCAGGGAGCGCUAUUGUCGCGCUUGCUUAAAUUCUAGGCAAAACCCUAGCCACUACGAACUUUGGAUCGUUUCCCGAACUGACAGAAAAGGAGGUGGAAGCCGGUAUAGAGAGUAUAGUAUUAUGUUCAGAACGAUCUGAGAACUAGUUGCAACAAAUGGCAGCGGGUCGAGGGCACAUGUCUGGCGUCGCCAGAACAGGCGCGGGUCGUCGCAGCGUCGGGAGCAAAAGCAUGUCUGAGUCGACCUUGAAGUUGAUGGAACUACUUGGAUUGCUGUGAUCGGUCGGGAAACUGACUGUGUUUGGUACUAGGAUAAGUAGGCUCGAGAGACAGAGCUUUGCAUCGAGCACCCAGAGUAGGGCCAUCACACCGGUACCAGGAAGCAGAUGAAAUGAAAGAGACUUAAUAGUUGGAGCAAACUCUCUCUUUCUCUGACCUAUCGUGUGCGCACCCAAAGUCAGCAUUAUGGGCAAAAACUGAUGAGGAGAGAGAUUUGAAGAAGAAGAAGAAGAAGAAGAAGAAGAAGAAGAAGAAGAAGAGUCGAGCACCAGAACAAUUCGUUUAUUAUCCUGAGCUUUCAUACUCGUACAGGAGUCCAUCGUCACAUGUGGCCGCCCACACCUACGAAAUGGGUCACGAGUUUGACUUCGCAGCUACCACGCCGGAAACAAAACAGGCCGAGAAUUGAUUGAAGCCUGGGCCUCGGAUGAGAACUCGGUCAAUCGAUUUAUCGAUCUGGCGCCGGCGUACAGAGCUCUUCGUAGUCACCUCCAGUCGUGCGACGUCGGUCGAUGAUUGGGUCUAUGUGCCUUAUAACUGCCGCUUGUUCUGUUUCUGCCACUACCUCUGACGAUGGACUCCUGUACGAGUCUGAAUGCUCAGGAUAAUCAACGAAUUGUUCCGGUGCUCGACUCUUCUUCUUCUUCAAAUAUGUAUACACCUGGAACUCGAAAUUUCGCCUUCAUUCGUGAGAAGAGAGAUGCGUAAUAUGUGCAGUAUGUAUAAGACGCAGCUGAUAGGCAACCACACGUCUGUCUAAGUGAGUAGCUCCAUCAUGCAUUACAGUCAGCAAUAUACAGUAGAUGGGCUAACUCAGGGAAUGUCAACUGAGAUUCCGAAAUACGUUUUUGUUUCGAACAGAUUAAUUAAGUACAGUCGUAAAACUAGCCAGCCUACAACAUAUUUCUAUAAUAUUUCAGUUUCCACAGGAUGCCGGCUUUCGAAUGAAUUUCCUUCCAGCUGCAUUCAAAAACUAAACUCUGUAAAAAAUGAUUACCAAUGUGGCAUUACUUUUUCUCAUUGAUGCUCGAUGCCCCUAAAUGUCCAAUUAUAUUUCAUAGGAAACAUGCAUAAACAUAUUCAUUCUUUUACUUAUUCGGUGAAAAAUUACGUCUUCUUCAAACUUUAUACUCGAAGAUAAAGUACAAUUCGGUUUUGAAAAACUUUUCGAAUUGUGAGAUUUUUUAAUACCGUGACAUGGCCCUUCAUAAAACGUCAUGUAUCUGCAUUUACUAAUGUGGUUUGUAAAAUUGACAAUAUUGCUCAAGUCACUGCUUAAUUUUUUGAACCCCAUAUGGUCUCCUCUUAAUGCCGUAGAGAAAUGCAUGAUUUUACGCACAUGGAAAAUAUAGGGCUUGUAGUUUGGAAACCCUGAAUGCAAGCAUGGCAGUAGGUCGAGUCCAAAAUUGCUCGGGAAUUAAAAAAGUUUUUUAAAACCGAAUUAUACUCUUUAUUUAAGAAUAAAAUUGGUAGAAGACGUGAGAUCAUACCAGUUUCUACGAACUAUAAUUGAAUUUUCAACGGCAUCGAAAAUCAAUGGGAAAAUUGCAUGCAACUUAAGUAGCCAUUUUUUCCAAAAAUAUAGUUCUUCCAUACAGUCGAACAUAAGUUAGUUCGAAAGCAGGCAUCCUGCGGUAAGUGGUUCAUGAUAAAAUUAUGCUGGACGGUGAUUAGUUUUACAACCAUACUUAAUUGAUCUUUUUGAAACGAGAACGCAUUUCGAAAUUUCGGCUGACAUUUCUUGACUUAGCCCACAUACUGUAGGAUCUGUAAAGUCUAAGCAAUGAGUGUGUCUUCAGGACAUAACAAUUCUCAGAACAAGUCCCGAGAAGGAUGACUUUAUUGAGCAUAGAAUUACGAGUUGCUAUGGCCACUACCGAAGCCUGAAGUAGUGUUCCCUGCGUCUAGUCAUGUCUGAAGGAGAGAGAGAGUGUGGGACAAGUGGGCGCAGCUGCUUGUGUAGGUCUGUUGCGCAGAGAUUUAAUUUUUGUUCAACUGGUGUGUUGAAUUAGCCGAAGGGUAGUUUUUUUAGUGGCCCGUUGUUGCACCUGCCGAGGGAUGGCGUAUUCAAAUUGCGCAUAGGUGUCCGCGACUUUUUCAGCGCACUUGUGUCCGAGAAAAGGGUCGGUCAAACGGCUGCAGAUCAGCUCGACUGUGUAGAUGAAUGACUUUGAGGCAGCGAGGCCUUGGGCUGGACUCCAGACAGUGCACUAACAGCUGUCAGCAACAGAUGUUUGAAUCCUCGCGCACUCCGGCUUUAUCGCUGGCAAACAACUAAAGUUUUCUGAUGGAAGCGAACAGGCGAGUUCCAGGUAGCAGUUCAGAGGACGAAGAUGCGAUCACUGGAAGAUGAAAUUUACUGUCCUGACGUUUCGGAUUCUCGCUCGAAUCCAUCAGCAGAGACAUUCGCAGAUAGCACCCGAUCAGUCACAAACGCAGUUGAGUAAGGGCGCUAUACCGGCGCAUUAAGACGGACUGCAGUGAAAUGGAAGACAAGGUUGAUUGAUUACAAUAUCUUCGACGGGUCAUGAGAGCCAAUGGCUACCCGCACAACUUUGUCAACCAGUGCAUACGAAAAGCACAGCAGAGACUUAAUCCAACCGGCCCCAAAUUUUGGCGGGCUCUUCCGUACGUGAAGAACGUCUCGGAAGCCGUCAGUCGUCUUCUCAGUCCACUUGGAGUUGGGGUUGCACACAGGCCGGAAGCAACCAUUAGGCGCCAAGUCAUGAGGCCAAAAGACCCACUGUCACGGCAGGAAACGUCUGGAGUCGUUUACCGGAUCUAGUGUAGUUGCGGACAAAGCAACUAUGUCGGAGAGACUGGGAGAUUACUCGUUACGCAAAUUUCCGAACACGCAGCAGCAGUGAGGCAGAGAGACGCUAGCCCUCAGGUGGCGACACAUUCGAUGGAACCCGGUCGCAUUUUCAAGUUUCAAGAGGCCGAAAUCCUAGCAAAGGGUGAUAACCGCGUGAUCCGCGAGCUGCUCGAGUCAUGGUUCUCAGGCCCACAAUCCAUCAACAAGCACAAUGACCUCCCCUUACUAUAUCCCGUGCUAAAAUUUUCCCUGGACAAGGGAAUCAGUCACGUGGGGAGGACGCGGGCGAGCAAUUAUGCCGGUGACAGUGAGCCAAUUCGCCGAGCAAUCGUCACACCAGCACCCAGCACGGAUGACGAAAUCACGGCCAUUAACGACUCGGACUCGGACUGACAAGCCACCACCGCAUCAAUUACAACCCCAGCAGUGAUUGCGAGAGCUGCUAAUUACAGUGCGCAUACAAUCCCACGGCAGCCACGUGCUAUAAAUACUGCACGCCUUGUGCCCCCAUCACCUUUAUUUGCGAAUGUCUCUGAUGAUGGAUUCGAGUGAGAAUCCGAAACGUCAGGCCACCAAAUUUCUUGUUCCAGUGAUCGCAUCUUCGUCUUCUGAAACAACUAAAGUGUCCAUUCCUUUGUCUUACCCAUCAGAUGUCUGAACAGCCCUUUUUUCACUUGACAGGCCCCCAUAUUUAAUCAGACCAUCAGAUACCUUAACGUCAGCUCGACUGUCUGUGUGCCAGGAAAAGCAGUCACAAGGCCCCUGGAUGCUAUUGUGAUGGUCAAGUCAGCCGUCUACAACUUUGAAGAUCGCGAUCGUUUUCGCAAGGCCUAUGCUACAGAGGCCGAGCGUGAACCCGGCUUCCAAAUGGCCAUGAUCUUCUCCCUGGGACUACCCCGAAGCAGAGGUGGUCGGUUUUUCCAACGCGACGGUUUCAACAUCUCCCUACCAGGCCGGGCAGGCGACUCUAUGGAGAAGAUGGAGUCCCAGAGGCCGGAAGUGUUAAGGAAACUUGCAGAGGAGGCCCGAAUCAACGGUGACCUCGUAGUGGGCGACUACGAGGACACCUACUAUAACCUGAGCCUGAAAUUAUUUCACACCUUCCAGUGGGCCUCGCGCUUCUGCCGAGCUCAUUUUACCUCUCAGAAACGACCGCCCGUUUUCAUCCUCCUGGACGAUGACUACGCCUUUAAUGUGAGCAUUCUUAGGACUGAGUUGGAAGCCCUCCCCGAGGCGCAGCGUCGACGAGUGACCUUGGGCUGGCCAAUCAAUAAUGCUAGGGUUAUUCGUCACCUGCUCUUGAAAACACAUGAAAAGUGGUCCCUAUCGAAACAAGAAGUGCCCUGGCCCACCCACCCACGUUACGCGCCCACUAUUUUCCUUGCAUUUGGUGCUGAUGUCAUGCAGGAGAUUGCCCUGGCCAUGUACUUCACUAAGCAGUUUCCGAUAGACGAUGCCUGGUUGGGUAUGGUCAUGACGAAAUUAGACCUCCAUCCUGAGCCACGCCGACACAUGUAUAUCGACUGGCCAAAGAAUGCCCAGAAGGACUUGGUUCUGUUUGCACCCUUUGAUUACCUCUUUGGCUCCAAAUGA